CUCGAGUACGCCACGCUCCGAGGGAUCCAAUUGAUCGACGUGACCGCGGACGUUCGCGCGCGCGUCAAGGCGGCGGGGAUCGAGAACGGCGUCGUGAACGUCCUCUCGCGGCACACGACGACCGCGGUGACGAUCAACGAGGCGGAGGGUCGCCUCAUGGACGACGUCCGGCAGUACCUGACCAGGCUGGCGCCGCCGGGGGAUCCAUACCUCCACAACGACCUCCACCUCAGGCGCGUCCCGGUCGUCGAGCCGGAGAACGCGCACUCGCACCUCCUGUCGAUGUUGAUAGGCAACAGCGAGACCAUACCGGUCGUGGACGGCGAGCUCGCGCUCGGGACGUGGCAGAGCGUGAUGCUGGUGGAGUUGGACGGGCCGAGGACGCGAACGCUCGGCGUGCAAGUCGUCGGC